AGUGGAAAGCUCAAGAAGUGGGGUGUUGCACUCGAUACCGCUACACUACGCGGGAGAGAGGGCGCUGAAACACCGAUGGGGCGAGGUUAGCGAGAGCGAGAGUGACGAAGUGUUUUGCGGGCAAGUGGAAAGGGAAGUCGAAACGGCCAGCGCAUGUGGUGGACACGGAACUUGUCCAGAUGGGUACACAAGUGCCGAGGGGUCGUCCCGUCAUAUAAAGGGAGGAGAUGCCCUGGGCUCGCGAGAGUUAAACUUCGCUGCAUUGAGACUCUUGCUGUUGUCAUUUCCUCUCUUGAGCACGCCAUCCAGAGUUUCGUUGUCUAAGAAACAGCCUUCAUACACUCCCAACGCCUCUCGCCAUGGCUCCCUUCGGCAGGAUCUACAGCUACCCCAACAACUUCCGCGUCCAGCGGGCCCAAGCCCUCGCGGCCAUGAACGGCCUCGAGCUCGAACUCGUGCCCGGCUACCAACACGGCGUGACCAACCGCACGCCCGAGUUCCUCGCCAAGUUCCCUCUCGGCAAGGUGCCGGCGUUCGAGUCGGCCGACGGCUCGCUCCUGCUGACCGAGGGCCACGCGAUCGCGCGGUACGUGGCGGAGAGCGGGCCGCGGGCGGCGCAGCUGGUCGGCGCGGACGCGGCGACGCGCGCGCUGGUCGAGCAGUGGGCCUGCUUCUCCGAGCAGGAGCUCGCCGCCAACCUGAUCCCGCCGCUGCUCAUGUGCCUCCUCAAGGUCGUGCCCUUCGACCAGGCGCGCUACGACCAGUGCCUCGGCGCGCUGGAGCGCGCGCUCAAGCGGCUCGACCUCGCGCUGCAGGGCGGCAGGAAGUUCCUCGUCGGCGAGCAGAUCACGCUCGCGGAUGUGAUGGUCGCCGGCGUGCUGGUGCCCCUGGCGCGGAACCUGAUGGAUAGCGAGAUGCGGAAGGGGGUGCCCCACGUGGAGGCGUAUCUGAAGGCGGUCAUGGAGGUGCCCGAGAUGAAGCAGGCCUUUGGGACGGUCGAGUUCUGCGAGACGCGGGUGAAGGCCUAGUGGAGGGAAGGGGCUUUGAUUUUUUUGGUGUUCGUCGUUGCGGUAACGGGAACAACAACUGGAAAAUAAAGACAGUAGUUUGGAAGCAUAUUGCGUGGAUUCCUAAGGCCUGUGGCCAAGUCAUUGAUAAACAAGCUCCUCCGAAAGCUAAUCACCUCCCAGGGCG